GUCUCUUCACACUCCUGGUCGAAGAUUUUGGGGUCAAGGGAGUGCAGGUGGAAGAGAUCUAUGAUCUGCAGAGCAAAUGCCAGGGCCCCGUGUAUGGGUUCAUCUUCCUGUUCAAGUGGAUUGAGGAGCGCAGAUCGCGCCGCAAGGUCUCUACCCUGGUGGAUGAGACAUCGGUGAUUGACGAUGACAUCGUUAAUAACAUGUUCUUUGCUCACCAGCUGAUCCCCAAUUCCUGUGCCACCCACGCCCUGCUGAGCGUCCUCCUGAACUGCAACAAUGUGGACCUGGGCCCCACGCUGAGCCGCAUGAAGGAUUUCACCAAGGGGUUCAGCCCCGAGAGUAAAGGCUACGCCAUUGGCAACGCCCCGGAGCUGGCCAAGGCCCACAACAGCCAUGCCAGGCCGGAGCCACGGCACUUGCCGGAAAAGCAGAACGGUAUCAGCACUGUGCGAACCAUGGAAGCGUUUCACUUUGUGAGUUACGUCCCCAUCAAGGGACGGCUGUUUGAGCUGGACGGGCUGAAGGUCUACCCCAUCGACCACGGGCCGUGGGCUGACGACGAGGAAUGGACGGACAAAGCCCGGAGAGUGAUCAUGGAGCGCAUCGGCCUGGCCACUGCAGGGGAGCCGUACCACGACAUCCGCUUCAACCUGAUGGCGGUGGUGCCGGAUCGGAGGAUGAAGUACGAGUCCAAACUGCACAUCCUGAAGAUGAACCGCCAGACUGUGCUGGAGGCCUUGCAGCAGCUCAUCCGAGUAACUCAGCCUGAGCUGAUCCAGACCCAGAAGUCUCAGGAGGCUCAGCCUGAAGAGGCGAAGCCAGCUGGCAGCAAGACCGUGACUCCAGAGAGUGCCCAUCCAGACGGCACCGACGAACCCACCGGCCAGGGUGGUCACCCUGCCGCCACGCAGAGCCCACCCGCCAAAUCCAAACCGGUGGCGAAGACGUCAGCGGGCGGUAUCAACGGGGCGCCUCCGGCAAACCCCAACCCCAUCGUGCAGAGGUUGCCAGCCUUCCUGGAUAAGCACAACUACGCCAAGUCCCCCAUGCAGGAGGAGGAGGACCUUGCAGCAGGAGUGGGUCGCAGCCGGGUUCCGGUCCGACAGCACCAUCAGUAUUCAGAUGAUGAGGAUGACUAUGACGACGAGGAGGAGGAGGAAGUCCGUAACACCAACUCGGCCAUCAGGUGCCGGCUCGAGCUGAGG